UGCGACGCCGUCUUUGUUUGUUCCGUACACGGCAGCAUCACUGUACGAACCCACACGCCAAGUUACCUCUUUAGAGUGUAUUUUCACAUAUAUUUUUCAUUGGCCAAUUAUGACCAAAUCAAACGACUUAAAAAUGUUCUUAGAGUCAUCUCUGAAUGAGAUUUUUAGAGCGACAGUGAGUGACAUACUUGACUCAGUAGAUGAGACCUUGUCUGAGUACCAGGGUACAAUUCUGAGAAUUGAAGCUGAAAAUAAAGAUCUAAAGCGAAGGCUACACGAGGAGGGCAAAAACAGAGACAGUCAAUAUGAAGCUUCUCUCCAGUCCGGCCCUCUGUCUCCAACAGACAGCAGCAGCGCCAACAGAACACGCGGAGCCAAAAGGAGAGGGGUUAAAAGAUGUUUACCUCUGCCCGCUCUUGCAAAAACUGCAUCUGUGUCCACCCUAACAGUUCCUGCCUUCAUAAAAAGCGACCCUGAUGCUGAAAACUCCUGCGCCAUCGAUCUCUCCCAGCCUCUGUCCCCUCUCAACCUCGCCAAGCCAAUCAAGAUGGAGGUCUCGGAGGUGAACUACGUCGACCUGGAAGAUCACGCCCCUCUUCAGUCAGCGUCCGAACCAGAAGACGACUCCACUGACGGCGACAGCAUCGUCAGGGUUACCGUGGUCCCCGGCAGCUGCGUCACCACGGAGGAAAGCGAGGAUGAGGGCGGCCAUUUUGUGAAGUUGGAAACGCAGGAGGUUGGGGUGGAGCGUGAUGGAGGAGAUCUGCCCCAGGAGAGCAGGAAGCUCCUCCCCCUUCCCCCUGACCAGGACCGCUCCACCAUGACUCAGGAGAACUACUUCCUGGAGGACAGGAAGCAGGACCAUUCGGGCAUCUCGAACUCUGCGUUGCCAGGUUGGGCAGAACCCCCCAGAGGGGUGUUCCCCUGCUCCCUGUGUGAGAAGACCUACAGCUGUAAGUCCUCCCUCGGGGCCCACCAGAGGAGUCACGGCGAGGACAAGAUCCACCGCUGCAGCUACUGCAGCAAAACCUUCCGACGAGCCGACCUCCUCCGCUCUCACCGCCGCACCCACACCGGGGAGAGACCGUACAGCUGCAACCUCUGUGAGAAGACCUACAGCCACGCGGGCCAGCUGAGGAUACACAAGCGCACGCACACCGGGGAGAGACCGUACAGCUGCCCCUAUGCGUCCUGCGGGAAGUGCUUCAGCGAGCACAACCAGCUGAAAGUCCACCUACGAACUCACACGGGAGAAAGACCGUACACCUGCAAAGUGUGCGGCAAAACCUUCAGCAACGCCGGGAACCUGAAGAUCCACGAGAGGAUCCACACCGGGGAGAAGCCCUACUGCUGCGGCCAGUGCGGGAAGAGAUUCAACAACAUGGGGGACCUGAAGACGCACUACAGGAUCCACACUGGAGAGAGACCCUUCCACUGUGACCAGUGUGAGAAGACCUUCAGCCAGGCAGGACACCUCACCAUCCACAAGCGCAUGCACACGGGAGAGAAGCCCUACUCCUGCUCUGAGUGUGGGAAGAGGUUCAGCGUGACGAGCAGCCUGAAGCUGCACCUCAGGACCCACACGGGGGAGAAGAAGUACAGCUGCUCCUGCUGCAGCAAGACCUUCAGCCGGGCGGGGCACCUGAAGAGACACGCGCUGGUCCACACCAGAGAGAGACUGCACGAGUGCCAGCAGUGCGGGAAGACCUACACAGACCAGUCCUCCCUCAAGAAACACCUGAAGACACACAGCUGAGAGCAGCUGCUGCCCUGGAGCUCGGAACCAUGACGGAGUGAUGAGACUGAGGACGGAGUAGUGAGGAUGAUGAUUGGCCUUUGCUGUAUCAGUGUUCUCUGAUGGUAUUGACAGUUAAGUUGUCAUGGGAACAGAGCAACCCAGCCCUGCUGUGUCUGUUCAUCCUGAGGAGCAGUAGACUGUCUCUCCACUGUGGUACUGGACGGUGUUUACGCAGCAACGCCACAAGCAAAACUAUAUAUCAGAUGAAGAUUUGUAUUUAUAGUUCAUGAUUGAAAAAACGAAGUAGCUAAAGAUGUUAUUCUGAAUUUGCAUCUAUUGGAGGUUUUGCUGGAAUCCUCCCUGUUCAAGGACCAGUACUAUAAUCUACUAAUCACAGCUAACUAGUAUACCAGAACAACAGCAGUGUUAAGACUCUGAAAUGUUAGUACUGUGACACCUGCUGCUUUCGCUUGCUGCUAUAUGUUGAGGGAGUCUGAUAUCUCCAGCGGUUGAUUUGAGUUCAAGUCAAGACUAACCAUCCUUGUUAUCAGUGUUGAAGUCACGGGGGUGUGGCCUGUCUUUGUAGUCACCCAAAGGCCAUGAUUGUAACAAUACUAAUGUUGUUUUGAAUCGUCAUGUUUUCACCACCGUGAAAUGUCUUUAAAAAAUAAGAUGUUAUAUAUCUUCAAAUAUAAUGACAUAUGUAGUUGGCCUAUGUAUUGUGACAUGUAAUGCUUUUGUGUUAUGGAUUUAUACAGAGUGAGAUCCUAAAAAUAGGUUUUUAUUUGUAGUACAGGUCUGAAUAAAACAGCAACGUGUUCCAAACCACACCUGAGCCACCUGCUUCCCAACCAUGCAGACAGGAAACAGCUCCUCCUCUCUGGUUACACCGUUCUUCUGAACAUCAUUGUCAUUCCGGAAUCAGAACCCAAAUCAUUUAGACACUAAAUGUGUAUUAUAAUUACAUCCAUUUAACGCAACAUCAAGACAUAUGAGGAAACAAGUGUACACACAUAUACAGCAAACUUAUCUUUCCAAUACAAAUACAAUAUCUAAACAUACAUUUCCUAAUGACCGUAUAUGAGUCCUACAGCCAGCUUUAGUAGAGUUUCUGUUCACACUUGACAUUUCUUAUUCACAUCGACAUGUUCCUCACUUCAUUAGAUCUGUUACCACCAGACUUUCAAGAGCAGGACGAUGAUACGAGCCCUGGGUCACUGUCUGGCUCCACUGUGUGUGUAACACCUGGCAGAGUGUGUAUCAUUACCUUCAACUGAUAUGUAACUGUACGUGUGUGUGUGUGUAGCCCCUGGUGGAGAGAGUGUGUGUGUGUGUGUGUGUAGCCCCUGGUGGAGAGAA